GGGGAGCGCUGAGCCGCACGUCGUGCCCUGCACUGCCCAGACUAGCGAACAAUACAGUCAGGAUGGCUAAAGGUGAUCCCAAGAAACCAAAGGGCAAGAUGUCUGCUUAUGUCUUCUUCAUGCAGACAUGCAGAGAGGAACACAAGAAGAAAAACCCAGAAGUCCCUGUCAAUUUUGCAGAAUUUUCUAAGAAGUGCUCUGAGAGGUGGAAGACUAUGUCUGGGAAGGAGAAAUCUAAAUCCAAUGAAAUGGCAAAGGCAGACAAAGUGCGUUAUGACCGGGAAAUGAAGGAUUAUGGACCAGCUAAGGGAGGCAUGAAGAAGAAGGACCCUAAUGCCCCCAAAAGGCCACCGUCUGGAUUCUUCCUGUUCUGUUCAGAAUUCCGCCCCAAGAUCAAAUCUACAAACCCUGGUAUCUCCAUUGGAGAUGUGGCAAAGAAGCUGGGUGAGAUGUGGAAUAACUUAAGUGAUGGUGAGAAGCAACCUUACAACAAUAAGGCAGCGAAGCUGAAGGAGAAGUACGAGAAGGAUGUCACCGACUAUAAGUCUAAAGGAAAGUCUGAUGGCGCGAAGGGUCCCCCCAAAGUUGCCCGGAAAAAGGUGGAAGAAGAAGGUGAAGAAGACGAGGAGGAGGAAGAGGAAGAGGAGGAGGAGGAGGAGGAUGAAUAAAAGAAACUGUUGAUCUGUCUCCUUGUGAAUACCUUAGAGUAGGGAGCGCCGUCAUUGACAUUGACACCCCUCUUAUUGGAGGCGUGUCUGUUGCCCUCGUUAGGUUUAAUCACACAAUUGGGUCAUGGUCAUAUUGUAGUUUCUCAAAGUGCUCUAGAAAUUGUCAGUGGUUUACAUGAAGUGGCCAUGGGUGUCCAGAGCACCCUGAAACUGUAUCAAAGUUGUACAUAUUUCCAAACAUUUUUAAAAUGAAAAGGCUCUCGUGUUCUCCUCACUCUGUGCACUUUGCUGUUGGUGUGACAAGGCAUUUAAAGAUGUUCCUGGCAUUUUCUUUUUUUGAUUUGUAAGGUGGUGUUAACUAUAUGGUUAUUGGCUAGAAAUCCUGAGUUAUCAACUGUAUAUAUCUAUAGUUUGUAAAAAAAGAACAAAACAACCGAGACAAACUCUUGAUGCUCCUUGCUUGGCAUUGAGGCUGUGGGGAAGAUGCCUUUUGGAGGGGCUGUAGCUCAGGGCGUGCACUGUGAGGCUGGACCUGUGGACAUUGCAGUGGGCAUCCAUUUAGCUUCAGGUUGUCUUGUUUCUGUAUAUAGUGACCUAGCAUUCUGCUGCCAUUCGUAG